AUGAAUAAUUUAUAAUUGACUCCAGAAGAAGAUCAAUAUUUUAGACAACUUUGGAGCAUUCUUGAUCCUUAAGUAAAUCAAAGAAUUAAAUCAUUAGGGUAUUGGAAGUGUUAAUGCCAAAGAGACUAUAUAAUUUUUCAAAAGCAGUCAAUUGCCAUCAGAUAAACUAAAAACAAUUUGGUUGAUGGCUGUAAGAAAUGAAGAAAAUAAACUCUAUACUUAAGAGUUUUUUACAAUCAUGAAAUUAAUAGCAUAUUGUCAAAAUGGAUUUGAAUUGAAUCCUUAACUACUGAUAGAAAAUAAAUAAGUUCGUUUACCUGUUUUAGAUGGAUUUCCAAUUCCUUAAUAAGCAAUUUCCUCUCCUAUGCUUGGUGCUUAUCAAUAAUCUAUUCCUCAGCCUUCUCAAAUUCCUAUAUCCCAUAUGUAUUAAACAGCUCCUGUUCUAAAUUAGCAACAAUACAAACCUCCAUUAAUCUAAGUGGCUCAAUAAGAAAUUUCAAAUCAAUUUGAAAUUAGUAAUGAACUUUAUGAAAAAUAUAGUUUGCAUUACUAACAAUAGGAUAAAAAAUAAUAAGGAUAUAUUGAAGGUGAAAAUGCUAAGAGUUUAUUUAGUAAAUCAGAAUUAUCAAAUGAAGUCUUAACAGAACUAUGGAGACUUGUUGAUACAAAUUAAAAAGGUUUCUUAUUUAAAAAUGAAUAUAUUGUUGCCAUUCAUCUAAUUUCUUGUUGUAGGAAAAAUAUCCCAUUACCUAAAUAGUUGCCAGAUUCUCUUUAAAGAUUAAUUGGUAAAAACUAACCUCAAAAACCUAUUAUACCUAAAGAUAUUUAAGUAUAAUAUGAAGCUCCUUAAAUAUCUCAAUCAUCAGAUUCUAGAGUUUAAUCAGGUUAAUAAGUGUAGUAAUAAUAAAACAAUGAACUUCAAGCAUUAAAUAUGUAAUAAUAAUAACUUUAAAAUCAAUUAAAUUAAUUAGUUAUGUAAUUUUCAUAAAAUUCAAAUAAUUAAGCUUAAAAAUAGUUGAUAUAAUAGAAAGAAAACGAUAUCGAAUUUUUAAUUUAAUAAAUGAAUAAAUUAUAAUUAAUUUUCAAUAAUUUGAAAACAUAAGAAUAAGAACUUCAAACAGAAAUACAGAAAUGUUAAACAAAACCAUAAAUUUAAAAACCAACAAUUCAGUAGUAAUAAUAAUAGAUUAAUUAUUAAUAAUCAAUAUUUUAACCUCAAUAAUAACAUACUUAAUAAUAAUAGUAUAAUGAGAUUUCGAAUAUGAAUUACUCUCCAAAUUUAAAUAUAAAUAAUAAUAAUUAUCCCUCUUUAUCUAUUGAUAAUACAAAUCAUCAAGUAAUAUAUUAGUUAAAAGAUGGAUAUGAAAACUAUUAAAAUUAGAAUAAUGGAAUCUAGGAUAUACCAUGGUGA